CGACAUCAUCGGCUUCGACCUGGAGGUGCUGCUGCAGAGGAUCGCGGCGUUGAAGGUGCCGCACUGGAGCAAGCUGAGCCGCCUGCGUCGCUCAGCGAUGCCUCGCCUCGGGGGCCGGCGCGUGGUGGAGCGCCUGGCGACUUGCGGGCGCGUGGUGUGCGACGUGAAGACGUCGGCCCGUGAGCUCGUGCGCUGCAGGAGCUACGACCUCGACGAGUUGGUCGCCUCGCUGCUCAGGACCAAGCGGGAGACGUUCUCCGCAGAAAGCGUCGCGGCCGCCUACGCCAACUCGCAGCGCCUGCUGGACAUGGCGUCGCACACCCUCACCGACGCUGCACGCGCUCAGCAUCAUGAGCGAGCUCAACGCCCUGCCGCUGGCUCACCAGAUCACCUGCAUCGCCGGCAAUUUGCUGUCUCGCACGCUGCUGGGCGGGCGUUCGGAGCGGAAUGAGUUCCUGCUGCUCCACGCGUUCCACCAACGCAACUUCAUCUGCCCCGACAAGACGUACAGCCGCAGGAACAGCGCGGCCGCCGAGGACGAAGAUGAAGAUGGCGAGCGGGGGAGGGGGAAGCGCAAGGCGGCCUACGCUGGAGGCCUCGUCCUGGAGCCCAAAGUCGGUACGUUGUUGCCGUCACGCACGGGUCUGUCCGCUGCUGGAUGAAUACGUGGGAC